AUGCGUUUAGGCAUAAUAUUGGGUUUCUGUGCUGUUGCUGCUCUCGACAUCUCCUUCACAAACGAAACUGACGAAAUUUUGCAGCGGGACAAAUCAAAAAUCCAGGACUCGCUCAUUGCGCUUCGAGGAUUUUUGAGCGCACAUCGAAACGAAUCGAAGGACCUUGGAGACCAUACGAGACCGGAGCCAGCCAGUACCGAAGUCGACAUCUUUUCGACCUUGACAACUAUAAGUUCUUCAACUUUAAGCUCUACAACUUUUUUAAGUCUGACAAGCUCGUCAACUUCUUCAGAUCCAGAACCAGCGCUUGGUUUUUCGCCCAGAGAUGCAAGAAACAACUUGAGAGCCGAAGCCAAGCUACACAUCCUGCCCCAGUUCCAGAAUCACAACCCAAAUAGCGAGCCAGUAGUGCCUUUGGUGUACGCCAAGCCGAAGGAAUCAUGGUUAAAUGUGCACAAAAACGUUCCAAGUCACAACGAAGACACUACCAUUUCUGAGGAAACUUCAACCAUUCUAGAGGAGGAAUGGACCGCAGAAACGUUCUGGAAUCUACCACAAAGCACCGUUUCUCUGGGCUCGGUAACUAUUGAAGUUAACAAGACCGAUUCUGUCGAAACCACAUCUGCUAAUUUUCAAGUUUACGAUUCACUUCGGCUCCAAUCCGAGUAUGCCAGACUCCAGUCCACCGUUUCUAUAACUACCACGCUGAAUCUGGAGCCUACAAAUCCUCCCUCGGCUCCAGACCAACGGCUUUGGCGAAACUCUCAACUCAACCGUACACGGCGAAGACGAGGAAAAGCUCCAAGAAAAAAACUCCAGUUUCCCAGACUCGACUGGAUCAAGCUGGAGGGCACAAGGGUCAAGGUUCCGAGCCUAAUUCCGUAUUUUCUCAUAGCACUACUCACUAUCUAA